GAUUUAAAGUACCUUUUGAAAAUAACUUUUAAUCAAGUAUUGAACAUUUCUGCAUUAAAAUAGUCUGUUUAUUGGUCUGACAUGACAUUUUUAAUGUUAAAAGUUUGAAAUUGAUUAACUGUGAGCAGAAAAUCCAUCGUGACAUAAAUUUUGAAAACAUCAGCGGAUGUGUGAUCAAUCUACGUAUCACACUUAGUUAUGUGAGUUACCGCUGAGAGCAUUAGAGUAGUACUAAAACAUUACAACGGUGCAAAAGUAGCUUUAAGCGUGUGAUGUACCCGCAUGGUCUACUCCAUUGCUUGCUGGAUUGGUUACCAUGGUGACUGUAACAUGGCAGCAUAGUUUGGUAACACGCCCCCUGUAGUCUCCAAACUUUGGAGUCAUUCUUCAUGCAGGCCAAUGUAACGGCAGCAUGACUGCUUAUGUCAGCUAUUCUUGUUUUUAGCAACUGCAGUUUUAGUUUUUUUUGUUUUGUUUCGUUCCCAAUUUCCAUUGUUUAAUUUCAGCUUGACAGACUGGGAUGGACAAAAUGAAGUCAGAGGCCGAUCUGGUCCAGGUGCUUACUGGCAGUCCGGGAUGCAACAUCGCGUAUGUUCUGGACGUCUCAGAGAGGACGAGAGCUGUUCUGGGAUCAGUGAAGCGCCUGCUGAUCCAGACUCUGCUGGCUAAAGCUUCUCUUGGAGACGCUCUGUUUAACAUCAUUACGUUCUCGGAAACGGUGCACUGCUGGUCCCAGGCCAUGCUUCCCUGUCUUCCUACCACCGUUUUCACAGCUCUUCCCUGGCUUAACUCCAUCGGCUGCGGCCCUGGCAGGAACGCCCUCGCUGCCCUGAGAGCGGCCCUGUCCGACCCGGCGUGCCACGCCGUUCAGCUGCUCUGCACCGAGCUGCCCGAGCAGCAGGGGCUCCUGCUCAGAUCCCUGCCAGCGCUGGCAGCCUGCAGGCCUGUCAAUGUUUGCUACCUGCUGCUGGGCUCCAGCAGUCCGCCGGAGAGGUCCACCAGAGACCACCUGCUGUGUCUGAGCCAGGCCACAAGAGGGAGCUGCUACUUGGUCGUGUUUGAUCUGCACGGUCGGUUGGAGAAGGUGAUUCCUCUUCAUUUUGAAAGCCAGCCAUCAGUUCCAUCCCAAGCCAAGCGUUGCUCCCAUUGUACCUCUGCCAUUAAAACCCAGCCAGCUUCACCAGCGUCCUCCAGGUGCAGCCUGGGCGGCUCCUGUGUGCUGCGUAGUCCAGCUGCGGCCCGGUGGGAGUACUUCCCAGGAUGCAGGGUCCUGGCCAGGGGAGGGGCGGAUGGCCUUUACUACCCAAGCACUGUUAUCCAGCAAGCACAGGGCAGCAGAGGACUUUGGGUGGUUGAGUUUGACCAUCCAGGGAGGGCUAGUUUGGGGAAUUUCUCCUCCCUGCGUCAGCUUGUUUGCUCACUGGAUCUGGUGGUCGACGGCAGAGCUCAUAACCACCGUCUGGUGCCUGGCGAUUUUGUCCUGUCGCCAUGGGAAUCAGAUCUGGUGAGAUACGGUCCGGGUCGAGUGGCGGCAGUCGCACCUCACAGAGCUGGUGUCGCGGCCAGCCUCCAGGUGCUGAUGUGGAACAGCUGCGUGUCUCUGGUUCCCCACGGCCUGGUUUUGCCCAUCUCACUGUACCGCUAUUUCAGACUUGUGAAGCAGCUCCAGGUUCCAGCCCCGUGGUGCAGCUGGGUCGCCACCGAAUCUCCAUGCACUCUCCAGAGAUCUCUCCCAGACUGCUGCCAGCCAACACAUGACCCUCACUGCUGUUCGGUUACCACCCGGCCGGCCUGCGUAGGUCCACCCAGCUGCGGCUCCAGCCUCGGAGAACCGUGCCAUUUCAGCAGCAACAGACAGGCAGACUUCAGAGAGGAACUCGUCAGGAAUGGAGACUCUGAGGCACCAUCCCCACCUCCAUCAUCUCCAACUACAGACGAGAUGAACGCUCCCAAUCCUCCUGAAGUAAAGCUGAGGAGCCAACGACAGCGUCCCCCAUGGAGGUACUGGAGGAGAACUGGACCAGAACCGCAGCACAAACAGCCAGGAAGUGAAACGCUCAGGAGGAUGUCACAACGCUCCAGGCUCCCUGUCCCACAGAUCAGUGGCUCACCAGACCACAGCCCCCUGUUUCAUUCCCUUCCUGAGGCUAAAGCCAGAACGAUGAACAUCAGAGAGGUUUUUGGAAUGGCCGGCUUUAAACCUCGACCACCGGCUCAACGACAGUCUUUCUCUGCCAGGCCAGCAAAGCCUCUCUUAUCCCUACAUAGUAGGCAGUCCAUGCUUAAUGGCUCCUCUGGUACAAAAGUGUAAAGAGACAAGAUUCAGAGCUUCUUUAUUGUCACCGCGUGUUACCGUGGUGAAACUUGCUUUUUGGACACUCCGGCUAAGAGUACACAUAACAGAGUUUUUUUUCCCCUUCACAUUGUAGCGUGCAAAAGAUAAAAAAGAUAAGAUCAAAAGUUUGUAUUAGAGUCCGAGGGCUUUGAUAUCAGUCCCUUGGCUAGUGUUAUGAGCCAUGUUACGUGGAUUGGUUGUCCUUUACGAGUCACAGAUAGCAAAUAAUGAGGUAAUAAGGUGCUUCUUCUGCAAAGAUUUGAGGCUUAUUUUAAAGAAAUGUGCAUUUAGAUAUUCCUGAGAGAAGAGUGUGCUAAAUGAGCAGCGUUAAUAAAGUGAUUUUAACAUAUGAUGGACUAUAACAUGUU